UCGCCGCCAAAUGGCGGAGCUUACUGAGAAAGAUGACCCCGUUACUUCGUCUAUUUUACACUUCGUUCAAGAAGUCUUUCUCGUAUUUGUCAUAGCCGCAGCCAUCGUACUUAACUUUUCUGUAGUUUAUGUUAUUUGCAGAAACAAACAUCUCAGGAAGAUCACCACUAAUAUAUUCAUUUUAAACCUGGUUGUGUCUAACGCGUUAAUGGCAAUAUUUGUGAUGCCACUGAGCUUGGUAACGUUUAAAAGAUUGGGUUGGACCAUUGAUUCAUCGCUUUGUAAGAUGAAUGGAAUUUCCAGUACUAUGUUGUGCUUUGCAUCCAUCUCAACUCUAUGCUGCAUCAGUGCUGAUCGAUACUUAGCAGUGGUCAGACCAAUGCGCUACAAGCAUGUGCUAACCCCGAGGAGAGCGUUCUGCAUGCUCAUGCUGGUUUGGUUAGGGUCUCUGUCUCUCGCUUGUUUGCCACUGAUCACUAACUACGAGUUUCACCCAGGAACGAACCACUGCUCUCCUGCAUGGCAUCGUAGCUGUGAAUUAUACGGAUUCAUGACUGUUUUAGCUCUCGGAAUACCUUUAGUAACUCUUCUUUCCACUUAUGGUAUGAUAUACUCGUCUGUGCGUAAGCAUGCAAAAAGAGUUUCUCAUUGGAGGGUUUCAACCAGUGGCGCAAGCGGGCAGCGGGACAGCACGUGUGUACGAGAAGCUGAAAUCACGGGACAUGAAAUAGACUCGUUUCUCUCUAAUUCAGCGCUUGAUGAAGAACAUACAGAACGUAAUUUAAGUAGAUUCAAAAAGUAUGUAGAUCAGAACAAUUCGGAAAAGUUCAUUGCACCUUUACGAGCUUUUGGAUGCAAAGGAGAAUCUUCUAAGUCAGAGAUUCCAGACAGACAUCAAGACAAAAAGUUUCGAUCGUAUUCCGCAGGAUGCGAGCACGCUAGAACGGACGAGAAUAUUCCUCCUUUCUCCUUACGAAUGAAGUUAGCUGAGGAAGCGGAUAAUGAGCCUGCGAGACCGCGAUCGUGCUCUGUCAGCGUGAAAUUUUCUGUCAGUGAGCUCGUACCAGGAACAGUUUCACCUUUUUUUUGCCCGCAUGACCUGGAAGGAGAACAAUUCCACAGAUCGCUGAGGAUGAGUAGUUAUUGUAUGCUGAAGGAAAAAAGCUUUACUUUUCCAGAGCCAAAGUCGUGUAGCUCUUUAGAAUUGCGCCAGACCAUUGAUUCAAUCAAGGAAGGAAUGCCUUCUCAUUCAAUUAGUUUUACGGUAACCAGCGCUUCCACUCCUGCUGUAAGCCCUGACUUAAACAUUCCAGUCCCGUUUACUUUGAACAGAGUUAUUUUGCCAAAUCAGAGGUCUUCAGGAAACUACAAUGAAACGUCACAGUUUUCAGAUGAGUCGAAACAAGCGUGGAAUUCAAAAACCAGUCCUAACCAUCUUCAGUUACCGCCCACCCCCAUGCCUAUUUUUGUUAAACCUGUCAAUCCGGAUGAACCCGUCCGUGGUAGGAAAGCAAGUUUACCAGAGCUGAUCUCUCGGCCGAAAUCUCGUUCGCGAUCUCUCAGUUUUGGAACGUUGCAUGACGCAUCUGACAAGAACCCCACAUUACUUAAAGCACCUACCACGCAGAAAAUUAGUUCUCCCUUAUUACGACUUCGUGCCAUUUCAAAAUUUAAAAGCAAACUUCGUGUUAGCGUCGUACCACGCGAGUACAAGGUGGCUAAAAUCGGGUUCAUUCUCGUGAUGGUUUUUUUCUUAUCUUGGGGUCCGUACAUGAUGGUGCAUAACUGUCAGCCUUCCUCCAAGACCCCUCUGUGGGUGUACCGAAUAGCCAUGUGGUUGGUGUACUUGUCGUGUGUAUUGAAUCCUAUUGUGUACGCAUUAUCAAGUAAACAUAUCAGAACAGCUUUUAGCAACCACAUGAAGUGCUGUAAAAGGCUAAACGCUCGUAUAUCGAUGCGUCGUGCGCGACCAAGAGCGGCAACAAUAGCCUGAAAACAGUUUUACGUUUUCACAUUAAAUUGAUGAGGACACUAAUAGCUUUUCACAUUCACUAACACCUACGCCCUUGAACAGGGGUAAGGGAUGUUAGUAAUGAGCGAGAGUGACACAUGGAUGAGACCAGGCAAAAGACGCGAAAAUUGGCGUGUUCGCGUUGCAUAUUACUCAUUGUUUUCAUUCAUGGACUUAAUGUGACAAGAAAGUCUGCUUCAAACGCUACUUUGGAAUGUUUAUUACAACGCUGACAGAGAAGUCGGUAGAGAGUUGAUUCAGAGUAUUCUCUGUAAUCUUUUUGUGGUGAUCUUGAAAUUGUGCAAUUUAAGGUCUUUAUAGAUAUAGGCUGCUUUGAGUGAUCAUAUUCACCACGAUGAAAUA